GUGAGUUUCACACGUGGUCUUGUUUGAAAGGUUGGCGAUCAGGGGUUAAGGCACGCUAUAAGAUGGCUGUAAGCCUUUCGUCUCAUUUAAUGGGUUUCAGUGACGAUACCGUUGCGUGUUCCGUUGCCCAAAUGGAUGAGAUUGAAGAUCUGAGUACGUGCUCAGUCUGUUUUUCAGAGUAUAAUAGUGAUAAGCGAAUCGCCAAGUUUCUCCCUUGUUUCCAUACAUUUUGCCUGAAGUGCCUUAGGUCACUGUCUUCAUCCACUGUUAUAAUAACAUGUCCUCUAUGUCGGAACACAUUUACAUGCAACAAUGGUGUGGAUAACCUUCCGUCCAACAUAUGUAUGCCCUUCAUAUUGCCAAAAUGUCCAACAAAGCUGAGAGAGCUAAACAGUUGCAAAGAUCGUUGGAAUGCUGGUGCCUGUCCUGCGAGUCAGUUGCCAAAUUGUCUUGCUAUUUCAGCAACCCAAAACAUUCUCUUGUAUCCAUAAGAGGUAGCACUAUGAAAGAAGCUGAAGAUCUUCAAAAACUGA